AAAUGUCCUUCUACGCAUGGUGGCACCGACGAGAACGCGGCAUAGCACCGCGUGUUGGCGAAUCUGACAUCGUCUAUCGAACAUUAUACGAGUCUUUCGAGCCCCGACCUCCGAGACCGAUGACUAAACGAGAUCCAAAUACGCUGAAUUAUGGUGGAAUAUUUUGUCUGGAGUUUUCACCUGAUGGAUCGAUGCUAGCGGGAGGCUGCGAGCAUAAUGGAGUGAUUCUUCUAGAUCCAGUGACAGAAAAAAGGAUAUGUGGCAUUAAAAACGCACACUAUGACAGCAUUAACUGCGUGAAGUAUCUUGAUAAUGUAACAUUCGCCACUGGUUCCGACGACGAUACCAUUGCCGUCUGGGAUACAAGGAAUCUACGCACGAAGCUACGCUCGUUGCAAGGACACAACGGAUGGGUAAAAAACAUUGAUUAUUCAAAGAAGCACAACAUGCUGAUCACAUCAGCUUUCGAUGGAACGGUUUGUGGCUGGGAGCUAAACAACUACACCGAACAGGGAUGCGUCCACCGUCGCUUGCUCUAUGUCCCUGGUUUAGUGCGCUGUCGCCUGACUCCAGACGAAACAAGGAUGGUGCUUACGACUAGCGGUGGCUAUUUGAUGAUUGUUAACAAUCUAAACUUGCCUUGGCUGUCUACCGAUCUCGAAGGUUUCCAACCCAAUGUUUAUCGAUUAAUGCAAAAGCGCCAACAAACUAUCGCCAUAACCGAAUCAUUCAAUCGUUCAUUUUAUCCACUAACCAAACGAAACCGAGUGGAGUUAGUCACUGACUUUCCAGUUGAUGAUGACGCGGAAAUAAUCAGUACACUGCAGAUUCAUCCCCAUGGCUGGUGCGCUUUAAGCCGCAAUACUACUUACGACAACCGCGGUGAGUUUACUACCAUCCACGAUAUACAAGCACUAUCGGAUACAGCUUACAACCGUUACACGAAAGACAAAGAUGAAGAAGAAGAUGGAGAGGAUGAUGAUGUCGUCGAAGAGGAUGGAGAAGAAAACGAUAACGAAGAAAAAGCAGAAGAGAUAGUUUCGCACCAGCGUUACGGAGACCACGAUUACUGCCGUGAACCAUUGAUCUCUGAAAAUCAGCCAUCUACGGCAACUCGAACUAUCGAUGCGACGAUGGUGCGCGAGGAACUACCAGGCGGUGUAGCCGCAAUGCCACCGGCAAACGUAGCCCUCGAUCUGUGGGCGACACAGAUCUCAUUUCAAGAGCGUGUGCUUGGUAUGGUGCCACUCCGCUUGUUUUUUUCCCGCCGCUCCGGACGGACUGUAGUCUCUUAUACGAUCCCGCAGCCCGAUUCAAAUGACUCUGACAACGAGCUAAAGAAACACCACGAAGCCGACACGAUGUGCAAGAAUACACCACGGCUCUUAUACUACGCACGCGAACCCAGCCUUUUGCCAGGCAUAAUCAAAGAAGCUUCCUUCUCACCGGAUGGCCGUAUCGUUUGUUCACCGUUCUUAAAUGGUGUGCGGUUGCUAGCGUUCAAUGAAAAUUGCGCGGAACUACCUCGCACUAUUAACACUGAGUGGAACGAUAAACCCCAAACGCUACAUGUGCUAAAAAAGGAAGUAGGACAACAAGGCGUAGUGGCGUGCAGCACGUUUAGUCCGCGAUUUCCCCUACUCGUUACGGGUUGCUUGAAAGGGAAUAUAGUGUGGCAUACACGAACCAUGCAGUAAUUUCCUGAAUGUGUUGACAUUUCUGUUUUUGGCAAUGAUUCCAAAUCCGCCCAUUGCCGCCAACAAACUGCCUCAAAUGAAUGUUUAAUUAUCUAUUAAAUCUCUCCAUAAAAAAUAAUGUACAAACGCCAAAUGGAGAAUGUACAAACGCCAUUACGCUGUCGCUCACUGUAUAAACGUGUUAUUAAAAAAAUCGAUAAAAGAACGAAGAAACCGGAACCGUAAGAAGUAGUUCAAACUACCAGCAAACGAUACGAACUGUCCAUGGCUACACGAAAGUGGUGGGAUGCAGUCGAAUCUAGGGCUUCGAUGAAAACGCUGAAUUUGCCAACCAUGCAAGCGUCGCUACGACCUGAUGUAAGGGCUAUCGGAACUAUGCGACCACCGAUAGGCAGGACAUCAACGUGAAUAAAAAUCCCUUUGAAGUGGAGCAUGAAGUAGUGCUGCUGAUACAAGGCUGGAUGGUUAGCGAGAGCUAAAUGGCAGCUCUGCGGAAUGGAAACACUGCCUUAAAAAUAUGAUGGACGAGCUGCUCCUUAAAUUUUAGCAGUCGGUCGAAGAUCUGCUGGAGGAUCAGCUGUCGGCAACAACGAGGAAGCGACCGAGGCUCGAAGUCCGUCAGCCUAUGGUGGUUGCCCGAUAGGCUCAGGAAGGGUCGCCGCUUGAAGAAGAAGGUCAGCAUCGGCAACAGCCGUUGCUCACCCGAAGCCGAUCCCAGCCGGCCAGGAUAGAGACCACAGCACGACGACGCACAUCGGGAUCAACCGCCUCAACUACUUCUUGCGCUGUGCCAGUCACCGUCGGAUGGAUUUUGCGGCCGGAAACCAUCGGUGCGUCAUGUACACAGCAACGGUUUAAUCGUUCAACAUAAAUGAGCUGAACAGGACUCAAGCGACCCGAUCUGGGCGCGAUCGUACAGUCUCGGUACCUUAUCGGCUGUCCACCAACGGCCUGCUUGUGGCCAAUCGAUCAGGAAAGGUGCCUAUCUUCCACGGUGCUUGGCAGUGGUCCUCGCGUAUCAAGAACCGCAAUAAUGGAGAAAAGUUUUGAAACGUUGCAACGUGUAGUCUUCGCUUAUAAAUAUAAAUUAUCAUUUACAAUAUGGUUCUUUUCACCUUGCUCUCGUGAAAUAUAU